CGUUUCAUGAUCGAGGAGAGGCAAGAAUGACAUAGACUGGGAGACAAGCAGCAGCAAGUACCGAAUAGCAAAUAGUCUUUGGCUUCGAGUUGGCUUUGGUUCUCAGUAUCGCGAUCCCGUUUCAGUCGCGCGGAAGCAGUCGACCGUUGCACGUGUUCACGGACCGAUUGACAGUCGCCAUCAUCUAUGGGUUACCAGUAUCCAUUUAUACAUCUGGACACUUUGAAUUGACCUCGAGAAAAUGGAAAUGCAUAAAAACCCUAAUGGAAAAAGAAAUUCUUUGCAUGGUGAUGUGAUGACACUAAAGGAACCUCACAGAAAUGGCAGUACAUAUGGUGCCUUUCAAUCAAAAGACCCUAUUUUGGCAAUGGAAAAGGCUUCCGAAAUAGAAGAUAGAAGUGAGCAUGGAAUUUCUGUUCAUCAUCCAACCUCGUACUUAGAAACAAUGAUGCACCUGUUUAAAGGUAACGUCGGUUCGGGAAUCUUUGCGUUAGGGGAUGCUUUCAAGCAUGCUGGACUACUGCUAGCUCCUCCACUUACCAUGUUCCUUGGGGUUAUUUGUGUUCAUGCUCAACACAUUCUUAUUAAAUGUAACGAAGAAGUGACGCGUCGUGUUAACGAUCCGAAUGCUACAACUGGAUUUGCUGGUACGGUAGAAUUGUGCUUCGCCACUGGUCCUCUCUCACUCCGAAAAUACUCUGUGUUUAUGAGAAAAUUGGUUAAUAUAUUUUUAUGUAUCACGCAACUCGGAUUUUGCUGUGUAUAUUUUGUUUUCAUUGCGAAGAAUAUGAAACUGGUGAUGGACGUAUACGGAAUUGAGAUGGAUGUUCACCAACACAUGGCUGUCAUCCUGAUUCCUAUAAUGUUGAGCACGUGGAUCAGAAAUCUAAAAUACCUAGUGCCUGUUUCUUCGAUGGCGAAUUUUUUAGUUAUAGCUGGCUAUGUCGCUACUAUGUACAUGAUGUGCAACGAUCUACCAUCGAUUCAUGAGAGGCGAUAUAUUGCCGAUUGGCAUGAUUUGCCUUUGUUUUUUGGCACUGUGAUAUAUUCUUUUGAAGGUAUCACUUUGGUUUUACCUUUGAAAAAUGAAAUGAAGAAACCGAGCAAUUUCAGUAAACCAUUCGGAGUUUUAAAUGUUGGAAUGGUGAUUGUCGGUGGAAUGUUUGUCGCGAUGGGUUUUAUAUCUUAUUUAAAAUAUGGUGAUGCAGUAGCUGGAUCCGUAACGUUAAACCUUGAAUCUAAAGAAGUGGUGGAUGGAAAAAUCAUCAUCAAGCAUUCAAGUUUACCUCAAUGUAUACAAAUUGCCAUUUCAUUGAGUAUCUUACUCACAUAUGCAUUGCAAUUCUACGUUCCCAUUGCUAUUAUAUGGCCGAAAAUUGUGAAUCGUUUUGGUCCCUUUAAUUGGCCUGUUCUGUCAGAAACUAUUUUUCGUUCUACAAUGUGUUUAUUAACAUUUAUUCUAGCUGAGGCGAUACCUCAACUGGGUUUAUUCAUAUCACUAGUCGGUGCAGUUAGUAGUACUGCCCUAGCAUUGAUAUUCCCACCAAUCAUUGAAAUGGUUGUAUGCUGGCAAAAUGCAUCUUUGGGCAUCUGUACAAUAUCGAAAGAUAUCCUGAUAGUUUUGAUCGGUCUUCUUGGUUUCAUUACUGGGACGUACGAGAGUAUAACUUCAAUCAUUAAAGCGUUUAGUACGUAAUAAUUAGAUUAAUUUGUUGUAUAAAUCGUUAUUAGUUUUUUAGAUGUACGUAUACAUAUGUAGAUACAUAUACAUUCUAUAAUACUAAUAGAUCAUGACAUCUACAUUGAAAUUCUCUAAGUUAUUGUUAAUAAUAAUAUUAUUUAUUAGCAUAGUAAAUUUUCUUAAAUGAAUUGUAUAAAAAAUAUCUAUACAUUAUAUUCAUUAUAUUUGAAAUCCUUUAUUUAAUAUAUUGUUUGCUUUUGAAUUUAGAAAAAAAUACUUGUUAUCUGUGAUUUAUUUUUGAAUCGAUAAUUCAAUUAGAAUUUUUAAAUUCUAUAAAUAGAAUAACAAAUCUCAAAUUCAUGAAAAAAUUAUAAUUAUCAAUUUCUAUGUUGAUUAUAUUGUUAUUUAUAUUAUAAUUGUGUCAAUAUCUAAUGCAACACAAUAUCUUUUAUAUGGAAUAAUAAUCUAUCUAUAAAGAUUUUUUUCGUAAAGGAAUAAAAGAUUGGAGGAAUUGACUAUUACGAUCGAAUUGUAUAAUUAUAUAUAAUUAAUAUAAUAGCCAUAAAAUAUA